GGAAAGCCCAGUUAAGUUUGUGCCGUUCUUGGCCCAACCCCCGAAUCUAACUGCCUUCCCGUCCCCGUCUCCCCGUCAGCCAUCUGACUUCUCUUCUCCACUGCGCGCAUCCGUCGCCGUCGCCUCCGCCGCCGCCGUCUCCGGCCCGACCCGGCGGGGGAAUGGGGAACAUGACCCGGUCGGACUCCCCCGUCUCGCGCCGCAUCGUCCUCUCCUUCCUCGACUUCCUCAACUCAGUUGAGUUAGCUCCUGGGGCUGACCCUGAAGCUCUUGAAGUCGCUAAGGAUUGCCUGGAGUCCCUUUUUAGCAUCAACUCAUCAUCAACCAGUGAGAGGAUACAGCCAGGACUUCUACUUGAACUCUUUACUUCUCUGCAAGCUAAUGAACAAGAUAGGGCAAGACCAGAUCCCGUGUCACGAUCAGUGUCAAACAAACCUUCCUGCAGUGCAAGCACUUCCAAUAUCCAAGAAGAGUCAAAUAAAUGUACAACAUCAAAUAGUGAAGGCCAAGCGGAAGAAACCUUUGACCUAGAUCAUGCAGGAGAUGAGCUCUUUGCAAAAUUCUAUGCUGCGCUUGAUGAAAUAAAUUUCUUCAAGGCAUCACCAGCUGGUGCUGAGGAUCCUGAUCAACUUUCAAAAGCAUCACAAUUCUUCGAUGAUGCAUUACUGGAGGUGCGCAAGUCGGGAAGACAAGUGGCAAGCUUAGUUGACCUUGCAGAAUUCUUUAAAUCAAAAGGCAAUGACUUCAUGAGAUCAAAACAACACCUAAAAGCUGUUGAGCUGUACACCGGUGCCAUUGCAUUGAGCAGAAAGAAUGCCAUUUACUAUUGUAACAGGGCUGCUGCAUAUACACUUCUUAAUAUGUGCAAUGAAGCUGUUGAGGACUGCCUGAAGUCAAUUGAAAUUGAUCCGAACUACAGCAAAGCAUAUAGCCGGCUUGGAUCCGCUUAUUUUGCAAUGGGGAAUUUUCAUGAUGCUUUACACAAGGGAUACUUGAAAGCCUCUGAACUUGAGCCUAGCAAUGAAAAUGUUCGACUGAAUAUUGAGGCCACCAAAAGGAAGCUGGCUGAACAGCAAGCUGCACCAGGACAGAACACACAUGGACCUCAUUCAUGGUUUGGUGGCCAGGCAAGCGGUGGUGCUCCUUUCACAGUAUUCCCACCUGGAAGUGCUCCACCUCCUCCUGAAUUCUUCAAUAUGAUGAACCGUGGGUCUGGUAAUGGGCAACAGCCACCUCCGCACUCCGUAAAUAUAAAUCUGAACGACUUCUUUGGUCAUGCAAACGUCAAUGGGAAUGCCCAAGGACCACCGUCCGGGAAUCCAGGCACCCAUACCCCAUCAGCUCCUUUCCCAUCAGUUCCUUUCCCAUCAGCUCCUUUCCCAGCCAGCGCUGGAGUCCCUCCAGCUUUUCCCUUCAUGGGCUCAGGCACCGAAGCAAACCAUGCACAGCAGGCUUCAGGCGGACAUGGAGGAGGGCACAGUGAACCAGGUGCCCAGACAGACGCUGGCAUCCACAUAAAUAUUGGGGAGAGCAUGGUGAGCCCAGAGCAGGCUGCUGAGGCUCUGAGAGCUGUGAUGCAGAUGUUUGGACCGCAGAUGGGUCCCAAUGAAGGCGGUGGUGCGCCUAGAGGGCCACCACCACCACCUGGUUCAAUCUGAUCUGAUCUGAGAAGCCAAGCCAAAAGGAGUGGAGUGUAAUGUUGUUGUUGUUCAUAGUCAGACAUGCCGUGUGUGGCCGUGGUUACCUGCUCAUCAACAAGAUGUUGUUGUCCUUGUGGUAGAAGAUGUUGUUGACCUGCAGUUGUAUCCUCUCUGCAUAUUAUCUGAGAAUCAACAAUACCUGCAAAAGCUUGACUUCCCUAGCCGUCGGUCGCAUUGAAUUGAAUUCUUUACCGUGGCGGGACGGGAGGAACGUAAAUGAAAGAAAUGUUGGCACUGAUUUACACAA